CUUUAGACCCCACAUCUUAUUUCAUUCCUCGCACAAUUCCUUCAUCCUUCAAACUCCGCUCCUUACUUACAAGCCACUUGCAAUCUGUACAAACAUAAUGGAAAGUCUCAAAGAAAAUCUGAACUGGCAUCCCAAAGCCCACACACCUCUCAAUAUCCUCAUUAUUGGGGCCGGAAUCACUGGUCUCACCUCCGCCCUCGCCCUUUCUCUGACCGGGCACCGAGUCACCAUCUACGAAGCGGCCAAUUGCCUCACUGAAAUAGGUGCCGGGCUACAAAUUGCACCAAAUGCUUCCCGAAUCCUUGCCCGCUUGGGUAUUCUUGGUGAUGUAAUGGAGAAAGCGAAUGUGCUCGAGGGUUUAAGUCUUCGAAGAUGGAAAGAUGAUUCCGAAAUCGGGACUGCUCCUUUGAUGCCAGUUGUGGGAGAGAAAUAUGGCGCACCAUUGUGUGUAAUUCACAGAGGAGACCUUCAAACCAUUCUCCUCCAGGCUCUCGCCUCCCUCCCAAUCCCUAUUGAAAUUUACCUUGGCAAAAGAGUGAUUGCCAUCCAUCCCAAUUUUGGUGCUAGCAUCAAGCUCGAAUCCGGGGAAUUAGUGUCAGGGGAUAUCCUGAUCUGCGCUGAUGGCGUGAAGAGCUCUAUGCGCCAAUAUUUCUUGUCUCCAGCUUCACAAAGCAAUAGUGAUGCCAAAAGGCGCGGUUCGUUUCGCAGUGUAUCUUCAGCUUUCCAAAAGAGUUGUACAGGAAUAGAUGGGGAUGAUCGCUUCGAGACGUAUCGUUGGAGACAGACCUCGAACGAGCCACCCAGGCCCGUAAAUGGCGGUGGUAGAGGACACGAGGCACGCAAUCGGGAUAACAAAGCCCGGCCGAUGUCGACGGGAGAUGCAGCAUAUCGUGUCCUCAUCCCUAGGUCACAGCUGGUAGGAGAUCAAAGAGCGCUUGAGUUAUUGAACAGCAAUGUAGGCAUGCGCUGGAUGGGGCCUGGCGGUCAUAUCAUGGCGUACCCAAUCCGCAACAACGAGAUGUACAAUGUGGUCCUACUACACCCACAAAAGAAGCAGGGCUGUCAAGUAAACGGAGGAGAUGAUCAGAGCUGGACGAGAAAAGGCUCCAAGAAAGAGAUGCUCGAGUGGUACGCCGGCUGGAACGACACUGUUAAAUCUCUCCUCUCCUAUGUUCCAGAUGGCGAUGUCGCCGAAUGGAAUCUGUACUCUCAUCCUCCUCUCCCUACUUGGGUUAAUGGCAAGUGCGUAUUGGUCGGCGAUGCUGCGCACCCCAUGCUUCCCUACGUUGCCCAAGGCGCUGCUCAAGGUAUCGAGGAUGCAGGCGCUCUUGCUUGCGUACUGUCGAAGCUCGAUUCUGUUGAUCAAAUUGAGUCAGCACUUAACGUCUUUCAAGCAGUGAGGAAAGAGAGGGCGGAGAAGAUACAAAGUUCUGCAACUGCAACGAGACGGGCGCUGCAUCUUCCCGAUGGGGAGGAGCAGAGGGUGAGGGAUCAGAAGAUGAGGGGUGCGGGGAAGCCAAGAGCAAAUGGACGAGAUAAUAGGGCGACGGAGGCGAAGAAUGGCAGAAAUCCAGAUCUCUGGGCUGACGAGCAAUGGCAGCAAUACAUGUGGGGAGUUGAUGUCAUGAGGGAGGCGCUUGAGGGCUGGGAGGCUAUUGCAGUCAGUGCGAGGUUGGAGAAGCUGGCAACUACUAGCCUCAUUGUCCUGAAAGCACUUGGCAGUAUUGGAAGCCAUGGCGAUUUCAAUGACCAAGCAACUUAUAGCACAUUGGUAGACUGCGAGGUGCAAGGAGCGAGGUCGUGAGUGGUUGUAUUGUGGAGAGGAGGAGGAGGAGUAAGGAGCGAGAUCGGGGUUUGAUACUCUGCUUCGCCUUGAUUUUAGAACUCAUUAGGGAGAGAAAAAAAGGCCCUCGCAUUUAAUGUCCCAGCCCACGCUGUACAUUAAAAAUACAACCUUUAUCCAUGUCUGAAGUUGACCUGGAAAAUGCAAAUCUAUUCCUCUCUAAAUAUUCUUCAGUCAAGCUAAAUAACGC